AUGCCUUCCACGUUCAGAGCCUCGCGCUCAGGGCGACACCUCGACGGUGCCCCAAACCGUACCCGCACCGGCCAAAUCGAUCACGACGUCUUUGAGGGAUUGCCAGUGCGUCGCUGGUCCCGACAACCGCACACCUUCUCUCAAGCGCCCAAACCUGUUGACUCGGAAUUCGGCGUCCAAGGUCCAGGCGGAGGACCAACGCUACCAGAGCUCCCCAUGCCAAGAGACAGUCAGCUCUUGCCGCCCAUCAGUCGCGCACUCCUUCGAGCAGCCCGGGCUGGAUGUAUCCAUAUUCGACAAGGCAAUCGACCAGCUGAUGAUGAGGAGAAAAGCGUGGUAGAUACGGAAGAGUCAGCCUCGGCAUCUCAUAUGGCCGAUCGGAGCUUCACAACUCGCAAAUGGAUGACGCUUCCCAAGCACCUUGAGCCUGCGGAGGUGGAGUUUCUGGCAAAGAGGCGACCUGGUCUUUCAUCCCUUUAUGGCGCCACUGCUGGUACAGAUGGAAGCUCUUCUGGGCCCAUGAGGAGGACGAAAUUUAAGAAAGUUGAUCCUGAAACGGGCAACAUCUCUAUCUACGAGGCGUGGGUGCCUGAGGGCCAUCGUAUCGAAGGAGAGAUCACUGGCGACUUGCAGACGAUUGCUGAGCAGAGCCAAGUGCCUGUGAAGCCCGAGGCGCCUGCACCUGGAACAGUCGUCGAGGGGGUCGGCAUUGUCAAUGCUGAGGGUGUUGUUGUUGCAGAGGCUGGAUCAGCAGCUGUAAUGACACCUCCAAAGCGGCGUCCACCUCCACCUAAACGAAAGGGCAAAGGCAUUGGAAAGGGCCGGAAGAAGAAGGUCAUGUUUGCGCCUGGCGAAGGAGCUGAUGCCGCGACAGUACAUGGAGUUGGUCCUGCUCCUGGCAAUGGGGAGGGCGGCAUCAAGAGAGAAGGCCAGCAGGAUCCUUCACAGAUGUCCAUUGACCAAGCUGGUCAAGAUGAAGAUGAUGAAGACGGCGACGAGGGCGAUGAGAGCGAUGACGGUGAUGAUUCCAUGAUGGAUGCGAAGACUCCUGAUACCCCCCAGCCUCUGUCUGGCACAGAGUUCGUGGAUCAGCCUUCGUUCGAAACUCCUACCUCGCAGUCAGUUGAUGUCGAGAUGUCAGAUGCCAUUUCUGAAAACCAGCAUCCUGCCCCCGAGGUUUCUUCAUCAAGCGAAAAGGAGAAGCAAACCCAGCCCAUCGAGUCUAGAGCAUCCCAGCCUGAAAAGUCCUCAGAGGUGGAUUCUAGCGCCUUGGCUUCCAAUGUUCCUCCAGAGAAGGCUGAGAUCACCGGUUCAAAUGAGAAGCCUGUCAUUUCAGAGUAUGACAAGACUCCCACUUCUCCCGCCAGAACUGCCGCAAAUAUAGCUGAACCCACCGAGCCUUCAGCUACAGUUGGCGAAGCUCAAAGCUCAGAUACCACGGUGCAAGGGGGAGAAGAAGCCAUAGAGCCGACAGCCGAUCCUGCACUAAAGGAGGGACCUACUCUCCCAAGCCAGCAGGAAAAUACGAUUGCUCUGCCACCUGUCAGCCCCGCGAAAUCCUCAGAAACAGGAGCACGAUCUCCGACCCAAAUACAGACACUUGAACAUUCAGAACCGGAGCAGACCACAGUAUCGACAGAUGCCUUGGCGGAGACUCGGCAACCUCCGCAGAUUCCAACCGAGUCCAUUUCCCAUCCCGACACACAAGAGAAACCCUCGGUACCCAUUGAGCGCGAACAAUUAAACGCCUUCAAUCCUUCGGGGCCCGGUCUAAACGCAGAAGAAGCAAAGGAUGUCGAGAUGGGAGAUGCCCCGGCACCGGAACAAAGCCAAGGGCUAGAUGGCCAGCCUCCCGCGAACCCAGACUUAACUGAAGCACCACCAACCGCAGAGAAUCCACAGCCCGAGCCCACUCCAACGGAGUCCACUACAUCUACUUCCGCAGAUGCAAGGACAGAAGUAACAACCAAAACAAGUGUUCCUGAUCAAAGUGUCACCGCCGAAGCGGAGCUGCACCCAGAGUCUCGGUCUAAGGAUGCCAAUGACAAAUCCGAAUAG